GGUGGGGCCGGCGGGUGGCGGCGGCGCGAUGCUGCAGCUGCGGGACACGGUGGACUCGGCGGGCACAAGCCCCACGGCGCUGCUGGCGGCCGGCGAGGAUGCGGGAGCGGGCCGGCCGGGGACGGGCACGCCGCUGCGCCAGACGCUGUGGCCGCUGAGCGUCCACGACCCGACACGCCGCGCCCGCGUCAAGGAGUACUUCGUGUUCCGGCCCGGCACCAUCGAGCAGGCGGUGGAGGAAAUCCGCGCCGUCGUGCGACCCGUGGAGGACGGCGAGAUCCAGGGGGUGUGGCUGCUGACCGAGGUGGACCACUGGAACAACGAGAAGGAGCGGCUGGUGCUGGUCACCGACCAGUCACUGCUCAUCUGCAAGUAUGACUUCAUCAGCCUUCAGUGCCAGCAGGUGGUCAGGGUGGCGCUCAGCGCGGUGGACACCAUCUCCUGUGGAGAGUUCCAGUUCCCUCCGAAGUCGCUCAACAAAUGGAACCCCUGGUCCACAAAUAUGCCCUACGCCACCUUCAUAGAACACCCGAUGGCUGGCAUGGACGAGAAGACCGCGUCUCUGUGCCAUUUGGAAAGCUUCAAGGCUCUCCUGAUCCAAGCUGUCAAGAAAGCCCAGAAGGAAAGCCCACUGCCAGGACAGGCGAAUAGUGUGCUGGUGCUGGAGCGCCCACUCCUCAUCGAGACCUACGUGGGGCUCAUGUCCUUCAUUAACAACGAAGCCAAGCUGGGUUACUCCAUGACCAGGGGCAAAAUAGGCUUCUAGUCUUCGUGUCCCCAUGAAAACCAAAGUGGAGGGGACUCGGUGUGCCACCUCAAGCUACCCACAGCGGUUGGAGAGAAUGCAAGCAUGGUCCCUUUAGGUGCCUGAUAGAAUAGUCAAGCAAAUUGUAUAUAUUUAGUUGGAUAUUGGACACCUUGGCAACAUGAUAUACGAAGGCAGAAAUACUGGCUGUCCCUAUGCCACCGUGUUCCUUCUGUAACUCCACAUAAAUGUUUUCUCCAGUGUC